AUGGCAUUGAAUAUGGGCUCGAAGUUCCUUCUACUUAAGCUAGAUUCAAAGGUGGUUCUAACCUGGCUGACAAAUAACACUAUGAAUUACCCUACUAAUAUGAUGCCUUUGAUUUGUGAUUGCAAGAACCUCUUGGAUCAGGAGUGGGAGGUGCAUGUGCAUCACGUGUACCGUGAGGCAAAUGGAUGUGCUGAUGCUCUGGCGAAGCGGGGGACUCGCCAAUGGAAUCUGAUGGCUAUGUAUAGUGAAUGUCCCGAUUUUGUUGAUGUAUCAUAUGGUAGGGACUUGAUUGGCCUGGGGGAAACUAGACUAUGCGCCCCAGGCACAGGUGUUGGUGUUGUAUGA